AUGCAUACGCAAAGUGUCACAGCUCUGCAGGCAGCAGCUCUUCUAACAUUUCUCUUACGAUGUUGUCCAGCCAGCCAGCCAGCCAUCUGUUCGAUAGAGAUCCGCCUUGCGAUGCCCCUUGAUAAAACAAUCUGUGGUGAUGGUGUGGUUGUCGAUCAGACGAGCCUUGCCAGGAGCCGGAUUCAAGGCUGGACUGAACUCGCAUCUCUAACCCCCGCUGGAAGUGAAACACCGGCCGAUCGGUUGGAAGGAGAAGUUAUUUCCGCGUCGAAAGGACUGAUCUGGAACCCUCGGGAGGAGUCGAGGAUUCUUGGUUGGGCCUUUCUUGGGCUGCAGGAGAGGAUGGAGACGCGGGAUGGGGACGAGAUUAAUGACUUCAUGAUGAUGUGGCUGACUAUCGUCGAUUUCUACCGAACGAGCGGAGAUAAUCCGGCCCAAGUCCCGUCUGGUCUGCCACUACCGGACUCUCUUCUACAAAUCCUUACCCAUUAG